AUGAUAGGAAGCUCUAGGAUCGUUGAAGCUGAUGCAACCGCCGUUCUUGAGGUCUGCACGAUAGAAGAAAUCAAAUUGAGUCAGCAACAGUUGAAGCAAGCCAGAUAUAUACAAUGGCAUACUGCAAGCGGGAUGGUUGAAAAGAAUGAUCAAGAUCGGACACCAGAUCGAGAUGAUCAACAUGGAGAAGGAGGGGGCGUGAACCUCAAUGCCAGGAAGACGGCAAGCCCGAGCAUCGAAUGUUGGCGCGUCAAGCACGUCAUCGAGAAGCGUCUCGAGGUCGGCGUCCCAUCACACUGCAGGCUCCGCGGCUUUUGCCUUUCCUGCGGCAGCGAAUCGGAGAGCGGAGGGAGGGGAAGGGGGAAAGCGCAGCAGCGACGGCGAGCGAGCGGGCCGUUCGAGGAUCGCAAUGUGAGCACGAGCGGGUUGGUUCCGAUUCCCGAGCCGCAUCCUCUCCCCGGGUGCCCUGAUCUCUGGCAAGCCGCUGAAUGGGCGCUUACAGGUUCAGAAAUCAGAACUCCCAAGUCGCAACCCUUUGGAAUGAAAAGGACACACAAGAUGCUGCAUCCUAGCUGGGUCGGCGUCUCGGCGUACAUCUCGGAGUAUUGGUCUGUGAUAAUCGCCACUGUUGUUUUCGCAUUUGUUGGUGCGGUGACAAUUUACUACACAGUCAAUCAGUUGAACAAGAACAUCAGCUUGAGCCUGAUAAAGGCUAUCAAGGCCAGGGCCAAGAGAUACAAGAAAUGGAAGGACAAGGUGCCUGCUGCGUCCCACAUCUGGAGGAAAGAAGUUGUCCCCCGCAGUAAAGGCCUGAAAUGCUGCGUGUGCUUGAAGUCCGUUUCACCUCCUCAGUACUCUGGGGGGACCAUCCAUCAGUGCGAUAUCUGCGGCGCCGCCGCGCAUCCGAGCUGCUCGGGGAAUGCGCACAAGGAUUGCAAGUGUGUAUCUAUGGCUGGUUUGGACCAUGUGCUUCACCAGUGGGCUGUGCAAUGGAUCGACAGUGCGGAUCACUCUGAAGAAGACUCUUUCUGUUGCUACUGUGAUGAAUCUUGCAAUGGGGCUUUCCUUGCGGGGUCUCCGGUUUGGUACUGUAUGUGGUGUCAGAGGCUGGUGCAUGUUGAUUGUCACAGCAGCUUGGCCAAGGAAACUGGUGAUAUCUGUGACUUGGGACCACUGAAGCGGUUGAUAUUAUCACCUCUUUGUGUUAAGGAGCUUCAUUGGACAGGUGCUGGGAUUUUGAGUUCUAUCACAAAUGGGGCUAAUGAAUUGGCUUCUACUGUCCGAGAGACAAUUCGGAUUCGUAGUAAAAGGUACAAAAGGAGUAGUGCUUCUGCUGAUUCAGAUAGCUCUGUGGCUAUUGAGCUACCAUCUGAUGUUGAAGGAGAUUCAGAAGAAGUAAACAGCGCAGCAAAGAGGAGGGAUGAUCAGGCCAAAGGCGAACUCAAUGAGGUACAGCAAAGCUCUGAAUCAGAGAAAGAUAAGCAACAUGUACCAGAUAACGCAGCUACAACUAAUAGAUCAAAUGUACAACGUGAGAAUUCUCAUGUACAGAACAAUCAGAAGUAUGAAAUUAUCAACGUGCCUUCUGAUUCUAGGCCACUUCUUGUUUUCAUUAACAAGAGAAGUGGUGCACAGAGUGGUGAUUCACUGAGACAGCGCCUGCAGAUUCUUCUUAAUCCUGUGCAGGUUUUCGAGUUGAGCAAACAGCAAGGUCCAGAUGUUGGUUUAGCUUUAUUUCAGAAGGUAACCCAUUUCAGAGUUCUUGUAUGUGGUGGAGAUGGCACUGCUGGAUGGGUUUUGGAUGCCAUUGAGAAACAGAAGUUUGAAACUCCACCUCCUGUAGCCAUCCUUCCAGCUGGUACUGGUAAUGAUCUUGCGAGGGUUUUAUGUUGGGGUGGUGGCCUUGGUGUUAUUGAGAAGCGGGGAGGUCUAUUCUCAGUUUUGCAAGAUGUAGAGCAUGCAGCAGUCACUGUUCUUGACAGAUGGAAGAUCACCAUAAAGGACAACCAAGGGAAACUUAUGGCACCACCAAAAUUUAUGAACAACUACUUUGGGGUUGGCUGUGAUGCAAAGGUUGCCUUAGAUAUACACAAUCUGAGGGAAGAGAACCCUGAACGGUUUUAUAGCCAGUUUAUGAACAAGGUGCUGUAUGCAAGAGAGGGAGCAAAGAACAUUAUGGAUAACACAUUUGAUUGUUUUCCUUGGGAUGUCAAGCUCGAGAUAGAUGGAUCCAAAAUUGAUAUUCCUCAGGACUCUGAAGGUAUCCUUGUCGCCAAUAUCAGGAGCUACAUGGGAGGGGUUGACCUUUGGAAGAACGAGGAUGAUGUCUCUGACACUUACCUCCCUCACUUCAUGCAUGACAAGAAACUGGAAGUUGUUAGCUUCACAGGAAUGCUGCAUCUCGGAAGACUGCAGGUUGGGCUUUCUCGUGCAAAAAGAUUAGCCCAAGGUCAUCAUAUAAAGGUUGAAAUCAGUACUACAAUGCCAAUUCAAGUUGAUGGAGAGCCAUGGUCCCAGGAGCCGGGCACCAUAGAGGUUUCUCAUCAUAGCCAGGCCUUCAUGCUUAAGAGAGUCUCCGAAGAACCACUCGGUCAUGCCGCUUCGGUAAUGGCCGACAUCUUGGAAAACGCCGAGAACAGUGGCAUUAUCUCAGCCUCGCAGAAGAGGACUUUGCUCCAGGAGAUAGCAUCUAGGCUUUUGUAG